AUGUCUUAUGUCUAUCAGUGGCUGGACGUGCCGUGGGGGGACGGAGAUAUGGAAACCCCAUCUCUCUCUGUCGUUUCAGGUUCAUGGGCUGAUCGUUCUCCUCUUCAUGAAGCAGCGUCUCAGGGUCGACUUCUCGCCCUGCGCACUCUGCUUGCCCAGGGUUAUCACGCCAACAUCGUCACCAUCGACCACGUGUCUCCUCUGCAUGAAGCGUGUCUGUCAGGACAUGUGGCCUGUGUCAGAGCGCUGCUCAACGCUGGAGCUAAUGUUAAUGCAGCCACCAUCGACGGGGUGACUCCUCUGUAUAACUGCUGUACCUCUGGGAGUGUUGGCUGUUUGGAGCUGCUGCUGCAGAACGGAGCUCACACACAUACCACACACGCACACUUCCCCUCGGCCCUGCACGAAGCCUGCAAGAGAGGUAACAGUCAGUGUGUGGAGAUUCUGCUGUCUCAUGGAGCUGACCCAGACUACGAGGUGUCUCACCUGGGCUCGCCUCUCUACAUGAGCUGUUUACACCGACACACCGAGUGCUCCAAGAUUCUGCUGCACACAGGCGCCAGAGUGAACGUCGGUCGAGGAGCGGACAGUCCUCUCCAUGUGGCGGUCAGAGCGGGCGGAGCUGAUCUGGUGUCACUGCUUCUGGAGUAUGGAGCUGACGUGAACAUCAGAGACGGGAACAAUCAACGUGCUGUGGAGCUGGCUGCCACUGGUGGUCAGACACAACAGCUGCUGCAGAGCUUUGAAGUGUCUCCGAGGACUCUCUGCCAGCUGUGUCGUCUGCAGAUCAGGUCACUGAUUGGUCGGUCCAGACUGAAGCUCCUCCCCGUGCUUCCUCUGCCCCCCCUGCUCACGGAUUACCUGGAUCACACGUAGGAAGCGGAGGGAAACACCCGCAAUACAACACUAAACAUGUCUUUAACAGUUUAAACACACAUAAACAUAUCACCAUGGUAACCGUGUGUUACAUCAUCAUGGCAUCACAUUAUGCUGUUUGUGUUUUAAUGUUUAACCAGCAUCACUCCUGUUUACCUGACUCUGUCAGCUGAUCUCUGACCUCAUACUGUCUGUGUGACAUCAUGUAAACGCUUGAUUUAUUUAAUAUAUCUGCCUGUUUGUGUGAAGAAUCAAUAAAUGAUCAAUGAGCUGA